CACAAACGGUAACCUCUCACAUUAACAAUGAAUGCUAAGCAGUAGCUUCAUUCCUGGUGAGUCUGUCUGAGUCAGCUGACAAGGAAAGAAAAGUUAUUCACGUGUUGGAGCUGACCUCUUCAUGGCUGAUCACAUGUUACAGCUUGCUGUUGGUCUGUCUGUGGGUGUCCUGUUGCUGUUGCUGCUGCUGAUUCUGAUAGUGUGCUACCUAAGGAGGAGGAAAAAAGAGCAGAUGCAGUAUGAAGAGCUGCUCUCUGCAGUGCCUUCAGUCCCGGCAUGCUCUGCUCCAGUGAUCCUGGUGUCUCAGGGCUCCUGGGCCACGCCCCGUGAGAUCGCUUUCACUCUACCUCCUCGCUUCAUCACACAAAACCAUGGAGAUCGGAAAAAUAACGAGCAGGACAAGAAAGAGGAGGAGGAUCCCCAGCGGGACGUACUGGCUCAUCGUGGGUCGCUCUCAGUGAGGAGCUGGUACCCAGUGGGGACGGUUUUGGCUGGUCUCUACUCUGUACCUCCUCUAAAUGAGGUGGUGGCCCCCCCUCCCGGCAUGGUCUCCCGCCUCUGCUUUUCCGUGGAGUAUCGACACAGCAGCGAACAGCUCAUGGUCUUCUUGCUCCGCCUCAGCAACCUCCCUCCACGUUUCCAUGGCAACGUCACGAUGGUGGAGCUCAGACUUCUCCCUGAUGACAGGCGGCCCCGUCAAGCCAAGGCCCGGGGCACGGGUCCAGACCCCGAGUUCACCGACUGCUUCAUUUUCCAGGUGUCAGCGUUGCGUGUGCUUCACAGCACCCUGAGUGUGUGUGUGCUGAGUGUGGAGCAGGAUGGUAAACGCCAUGUGGUGGGUAGGGUGCUGUUUUCUCUGGAGGGGGAGUUCGGUCAGGCUGGCAGGGUGCUCUGGAGAGACCUUGAGACUGAGGAAGACCCACAGUGUUCAGAGCUGGGGGAUGCGCAGAUAUCUCUCAGCUACAGUACGUCCCUGCAGCGCCUUUCAGUGGUGGUUUUGAGGGCUCGAGGCAUACAGCUGCUCACAGACGCAGGUGUGUGUGUCCAGGUGAGCUUACAAAAGCACACUCAGGUGGUGAAGAUGAAGCGCAGCUGUGUGGUGAAAGGUGAAAAUGACCCCUACUUCAACUUCAGGUCGACCUUUAAACUGCGACCUCAGCACCUGGACGAGGCCUGCGUGAGGUUUGAGCUGCAGCAGCCGAGCAGCGUCCGCUCAGAACCUCCGACCCCUCUGGGAGUGGUGGUGUUGGGUCCCUUCAUGUACUCCAGGGGUCCUCAGCUGCAGCACUGGAUAGACAUGGUCAACACGGCACAGGAGCCCGUCACACUGUGGCACGGACUGCGCAGACCCACCUAACGCUAAAAGCAUCCUCAUAUGAGUAGAUAUCAAAAAUGAAAUAAAAUAAGUAUGAAUCAAUCAUCUACCAUUUGUUAAGAAAAAUUUCUACAGGAAACUCUGGAAUACAUCAAAGGAAAAAAGCUGAGAAAAGCUCAUUGUUUAGUUUUUUGACCUGUAGCUUUACUCUCUUCGUUCACUGCUCUCAAAGUGUUAUUUUCAGCUGCUGCUGUGCAACAUUUAGCAAAUGUAUUUUCAGGUGUCAUCUUCUGUAGCUGAUAUUGAACAAAUCAGAACUCAAAAAAACUGGAUUUAAAUUCAUCAGAUCAGCACGAAGUUGAGUUUUUGCUGCCCCCAAAUGGUGAAAAAUAAAUA